UCCCAGACGGUGCAGAAUAGAUCACAUCGGAAUGGCGGGUGGUCGACAGAAACUCUAUCUCACUAACAACUGCAUGAAUAAACGGAACAUAGUGUCCUUACUGCUUGUGACAUUGGGGUUGUACCAUGAACAUCAGAGACCAGACCGGGACCAGUACAUACAGGUUCACCUUGAUAAUGUACAGGAUAUUGCAAAACCUCUGUUUAACAAAACAUUGGCGACAGAUACAGACUUGCUUGGUUUACCGUACGACUUUCAUUCUAUCACCCACUUCAGACAGUACGAGUACGCAAAACAUGCUUCUCGACCGACUAUAACAUCCAAUGUGUCUGGGGUUAGCUUUGGCGACAGAGACGUACUCAGUUUCUAUGACGUCCUUAAAGUACAAACAUUAUACAAAUGCACCAAAGGUUAUACAAUGAUUGGUCACGGUGUCAAUCGCUUUACACAAAAUUCUCUUGAUUGCUACUACCCACAAUGGCACCUCAGCUCUGAACAUCUCCCGGAUUACAUGAAUACAAGCUGUGAUACAGAAGGUCCGUAUACAUUGACUGUCCUGAACGGCGCCAUAUGGAAGAGUACAUUUCCCUUACCAUCUGGUAACUUCUGUGUAUCUGUUAGUGUCUGCAUCGCGUCCUCCUCCACCGACAUAAAAUCAUACAUACAACUCACCACGAUGGACGGACUCGACAUAUCCAAGCUCAACUACACUCAACCGAGCGGGCACUGGCAGACGUUCAAUAGGUCGUUCACUUCAGAACAGGAAUGGACAAUGCUGCUGAAAGCUCACAUCAUGUGGGGCGGAGAUGUACUGGCACUAAACAACGUGAUUGUUACUAGUGGCUUAUGUGAGAUGAAGAAGGAACCUAAUCUGUAAUGAGUUGUUUCUAGUCAUACCUAUAUAUCACCCCUCGCUUGUGUAGGGUGAUAUACACCAGGUCUGAAGUUAAGGAUUUGUUAUAAAUGUAAGGCCACAGGAUCUUUGUAAUCAGCAAAAGUGUACUUAACUGUAAAUUAGACAGAAUGAUAGUGUGUUUUGUUAUCAGUCUAAUCAACAUAUGCUUAUCACUUUUUGAAAUUACAUUUGUUUAGUUUAUAUGCACACUGUACAACUGUACUCGCAUAUAACAUGACUAUUAUAAUUCUUAUUUCGUGAGGAGUUUUUAACUGUGUGAUAUCAGUUAGAAAUGUAUAUUCUGUAUGCAUGUAGUAUUGGUCUUUAUUUGUAAGAUACAGACUAGCCAUUAAGUUAUCGACAGUCAUUGUGUUUGGUAUGGACGAAUGUUAACAAGCUACCCAUAAGUCUGUGUAUGACAGGCAUCAGGUAUCAAGCAACGGACAUGAUUACGGACUGAAUAAAGUUAUUAAAUUACCAACAAGUCUGCAAAUGACCUGGAUCAAGUUAUCUAGUUAUCGACAAGUUUGUGUACGCACAGGAUUAAGCUAUUUAAUCAUUAUCAUGUCUAUAUAUAAUCUGAAAUGAAUAAUUAAGGCUGUACGGAUUUGAUCAAGUUAAUAAAAGUGUGUACUUUGUAACUGUAAGCAGAAAUUUCUUUUUCUAAACACACAUAUGAAAAGUUAAGAGUAGGAAACAUUGUUCAAACAAGAGAUAUUUUUUUUAUAGAUUCAAAAAGCGUAUUUGAUUUUUUUUCUGGUAUGAAAAAAAGGUAUGAUAUAGUUUACAUCAAGGGGACAAUGUCUUUAAGAAAGGGUUUGGAUAAACCCCUUACGUAUUUUGAUAUGCCACAGUGAGGAUCAAAUAGGCAAAUAGAGCAUUUUGUAUUGUUUGUAAUGUUUGAACACAUAGAGAAUACGUUGUGCCUAUUAUAAGAAAGCAUCAACACAAAAAAUGUUGGAGAAAAAUGUUACAUGUUAAUACUUCGAUAAUAUAUAACAUUAAGAUGCAGAAUCCUUAGAUCGAGCCAUGUUGUUUUCAUCAUUGUCAGCAUGUAUGUUAAUAAUAGAAUAAAGCCAA